ACCGCACUGACUGGACACUGGUCCAGAUUGUUUUCAUACGGGGCAACCGCGGGUUGGAAACAGAAUGCAGUGCCGCGGAACUUUUGUCCUGUUGUGCUUGAGUGUGGCCUUGGCCUCCGCCGAUUUGGGGGUUAACUUGAAGCUCCUGAAGAGGAUGUAUGACUCCUGUGAGCGGUCCCAGGAAUUCAUCAAGUGUUUGAAGGUUCAAGCAACGAAGUUCAUCGACCGAACCGCUCGCAUGGAGAACCUCCCAGUGAUGGAAGGAGUGGCUUUGGUAAGGAACGCGGAAACGGGGAAGUCGUUCCCAUCUUCGGUUAUCGACGGAGACAUCAACGCUCUGCCUUCGGAACAAGUUGACAAGUACUUGCAUCUAGCUACGGCUAAGUUGCUACAGACCCAUCGUGUGGUGAUAUCUCCGAUAAGUAUAGGCGAAGAUGUGGGUCGAUCGUUCAACGAAGCCAGGGGCAAGCUGAAGAAGAUGAUUGGGCCGAUAAUGGCGGGCGUUGCGAUCAAAGGAGGUUUCCUCGCGAUCGCGUUCCAGGCCAUCGCACUGAUCGCUGGAAAGGCGCUGCUUAUCGGUAAGAUUGCUCUGCUGCUGUCUGCUAUCAUCGGGCUGAAGAAACUGGUUACAGGGGGUGAGGCUCAUGAGAAGACGACUUACGAGAUCGUGAAACAUCCUCAAGUGUCACAGAGCCACACUUACUCAUCGUCUCACUAUGGUGGCGACUUUGAUGCGACAGGACCUGGUGGUCACUACAGAAGGAGCGUUGAAGAUGAAGCAGCUGCUCAGGACAGGGCAUACAGGGCAUACGCCAGUAUUAACAGUAAUGAAUCCGUUUAUGCCCAAUUAGAACUAGAUGCCGAAGAGUUGGAGCAAGACGAGACCGCUACUCAAUCUGAUUUCGAUGAAGAGCAAAUUAUUGAAGAGAAAAGACCACGACACGUAACAUAUGUUGCAGUUAGCGAUGGUGAAGCACGCAACGUGACCAUGACUCCCCCUCACAAUCUCUGGAUCUCUGAAAAAUCAAAAAUUGGAUUUGAUAUCAAAUACGGAUGGAGGCAAAAAAUAAAAAAAAUGUUUUCGAUGUUUUACGUGACCCUGGCCCCUUUUCACCACCUCUGGACUUUAGAAAUUUCAAAUUUUUGAUGUCAAAUUCGGAUUCAGGAAAUUUGAAGAAAAAAAGAUUUUUUCGAUGUUUUAGGUGACUCUGACCCGGACCCGUACCACGUUAUAGACUCCAAAGGUGUAUUUGUAGCAGACCAAAACCGCAGUAUAUAUCUGAAGAAUCUGUAAUGUUUGCAAUACGUCAAUUGCUUUGAUAAAUUUUAUCGUUAUCAUAAUAAAAUUAUAUUCUUAAAACUUCAUUUCUCAGUAAUAAAU